GCGGUGCAGGGCGAGAGGACACGGGCAAGAUGGCGGCGGCGGCCCUGCGGCACCUGGCGCUGCGCGCCCGCCCGGCCCCGCACGGCCGCGGCGCCGGCACCCCGCUCCUGCGGCUCCCGCAGCGCCGGGGGCUCCGCCUCUCCGCGCCCGCCGCCAUUCAGGUGACGGUGCGGGACGCGCUGAACCAGGCGCUGGAUGAGGAGCUGGAGCGGGACGAGCGCGUCUUCCUGCUGGGCGAGGAGGUGGCACAGUACGAUGGCGCCUACAAGAUCUCCAGGGGUCUCUGGAAGAAGUACGGGGACAAAAGGGUGAUCGACACCCCGAUAUCCGAGAUGGGCUUUGCAGGAAUCGCUGUUGGUGCUGCUAUGGCAGGGUUGAGACCAGUGUGUGAAUUCAUGACGUUCAACUUCUCCAUGCAAGCGAUCGACCAGGUGAUCAACUCUGCUGCCAAGACCUGUUACAUGUCUUCAGGAUCCAUCUCUGUUCCCAUCGUCUUCCGGGGUCCCAACGGCGCCGCGGCCGGCGUGGCUGCCCAGCACUCGCAGUGCUUCGCCGCCUGGUACGGCCACUGCCCCGGCCUCAAAGUCGUCAGCCCCUGGAGCUCGGAGGAUGCCAAAGGGCUGCUGAAAGCAUCCAUCCGGGAUGAUAAUCCAGUUGUGAUGCUGGAAAGUGAAUUACUCUAUAGUGUUCCCUUUGAAAUGUCUGAACAGGCACAAUCAAAGGAGUUUAUUAUUCCCAUUGGAAAAGCUAAAAUAGAAAGGCAAGGAACUCAUGUUACAUUAGUAGCACACUCAAGACCCGUUGGCCAUUGUUUGGAAGCAGCUGCUGUACUUUCCAAAGAAGGUGUAGAGUGUGAGGUUAUAAACCUGCGAACCAUUCGGCCGAUGGACAUCGAAACGGUGGAAGCCAGCGUGGUCAAGACAAACCAUCUGGUAACCGUGGAAGGAGGUUGGCCCCAGUUUGGAGUAGGAGCUGAAAUCUGUGCCAGGAUCAUGGAAGGACCUGCCUUUAACUACUUGGAUGCUCCAGCUGUGCGUGUCACCGGUGCUGAUGUCCCCAUGCCUUACGCAAAAAUCUUAGAGGAUAACAGCAUACCUCAAGUGAAGGAUAUAGUAUUUGCAGUGAAAAAAACUUUGAAUAUAUAAGUUGUAAAUAGAUGUUUUAAAAUCCUGCUCUACAAGGCAUUCUUGGUGUUGGGCAUGUUAUAUGCAUAAUUUCUGUUGUGUAAGCUCCAUGAUCUUUUGUACAGUGGGGAAAGUAUAAUGACCUCCUAAAAUAUUUAUAUAGGGUAACCCCCCAAGCCACACUUCCUAUAUGCAAUGUGGUAAUGCUUGUUUGUUCAACAGUACAGCUGGGUUAGUGCUACUGUUUGUGGAGAAACCCUGUUCUAAAUUUAGAGUGAGGGAAAAAUCCUGGUUUUGCUUGGCUUGUAAGUACCAGAGGCGCUGUGUUGAACCUGCUGCAGCAGUGAUUGAGUGCAGAGCUGCAGAGAGCAAGAGCAGGCCUCGAAUGCUGUACAGCUGCAGGAGCCUGAGGUUGCAAGGCUCAUUAAAGAGAAAUGAUCAGGCUGAUCACUGAAGCCCAGCCCAUCAGGACAGCAGUUCACUGCAACUCUGAGCAGAGGCUGUGGCAACCCAGAGGCUGGGUUCAGAGAUGAUGGCUGUUUGAAGAGCACUCUGCAAUGCAGAAAGGUUUCUGAACAAGAGCUUAAAUAAAGAUCCUGAACCUUUCCACUA